CACCUGUCACUGUCAAAUUUUGGUUAAGUUUACCUUGUCAAAUAUAGACGAGAUACAUAACCUUUAUUUUACAGAAAAACUAACAAACGUUAAAGUGAAAAUAUAUAAAAAUGAGGUUAAAUACCGUACUAUUUUCGGCACCAUUUAAUAAGUCCGCCAGAGCACCGCAAAGAGAACCUGUUCCGUUUCAAAUGCUUUUACCGCUUAAGUUAAAGAAAACUGUAUCAGGGAAAGGAGAUAAUCUAAAAGAAGCAGCUUGCAUGCAAGAGAUUUCAGUAAUGUUUGCGUGCUUUAAGAAACAUGACUUCGAUCAGCAAGAAUGUAUGAAAGAAAUCACCGCUUUUCAAGGUUGUUACCGUGACUACAGUCAGAAACUUGCAACCCAAAGAGAGCAAGGAAAAAAAGGUAUCUUAGUACCCGGAGAGAGGAAGCUAACACACAGACAAUUGAAUCAACUACUUAAAGCUUUUCCACCAAAAAAAUAGUAUGUUAUUGUUUUGUUAGUUUUAAAAUAGUAUAGUGUAAAUAAAUAUUUAUAAAACAGUG